AUGUUCCUCAGAGGACUCUCUGCCAUUGCGGCGCGUGUGUCGCUCGGUGCCAGUCACGUUUCUGCCGAACCGUUGAAGCGUGUUUUGCACGAAGCUAUCCCCUAUUCGACCGGUGCCGUUCAUAACCGUGGCCUUCACCAGUUUGUCUUUGACCUUGAUGAGGUGACGCAACUGGUGAAUGCUGAGAACCUGACCGACCUGUGUUGCAUUGAGAUCCCCUCGCAUAUCCCGUUUGUCCCUCACAUGAUGCUAUGCAGUGCCGCCAAUCACCGCCAUCUGUUCGCAUCUUGCCAGCUUAUCUACAAGGCGUACAAGUCGAAGAUGUCGCCCGACCAAGUGAUUGCGAAAGUUGAGGGACGUGAUUCACCAGACUGGAAGGUGAUCGAUAUGGGAAACAUUGUUUUACAUAUCAUGAUGCCGGAAGUGAGGAAACUGUACGACAUCGAGAUGCUGUGGGCUGUCGGACCAGAAUACGACGAGCUGACAAUCGCCAAAACCGAAACUGAACAAAUGCUUGGAGGAACUAGCGAAUCACUAGAGAAAGACAUACGCUGGUUGCAGCACUACAACAAGCCGGCUGAAUCCGAUUCCACGUAG